AAUGAGUCCUCGAUGUUUGGUGAAGUUGUAAAGAUAAGGUUUUAUCAUUAGUAAUCAGAUACUACGUACAGAUGAGUACGUGUGUGCACCUCUUUACCAUAAUUAUUUGACCUAUAACUCAAUUUUAAUGGUCUUAUUCUUUAUUGCAACAUUGUAAAGUCGUGGUGAUAUUUUAUUUCUUUCGAACGUAAACAGUGGGGUCAGAAAUUUUUCGAGUCAACUAAAAAUAAAAAUGGAGGCAAUCAUGGGAAGUCGGAAUAACCCAAUACCAUCUGGAAAAAGGAGUGAUGACAAAGCAAUCAUUGUUUUACUUGGAUUAACAGGCGCUGGGAAAUCGACAACUCUCAAUUUUCUAUUUGAUCGAGAGAACAUGAUCAAAACUGAAAGUUACACUUCUCAAACUGAAAAAAUCAUGGAAUACAACACUAAAAUUCGUGUAAAUGAGGAAGACUACGAUUUGAAGAUUUUUGAUACUCCUGGAUUUGGAGAUACUCGUCAACAGCCACAAGUCCGAGACGCUAGAUUUGUAGCUACAUUUGACGGCCUACUUAAAACUCAUGAAGAUAUUCGAGCAUGUUAUCCAACCACUGUACUUCUUGUCGCAAAGUUCAACGAUGACAGAAUAGAUGGAAAAACGUCCCAUUUCAUCCAAAUGUUAAAAGCAGUGGACGCUUUACUGGCUAACUGGAGAUUAAUUGACAAGAAGCCAGAAAAUACGAACCUUGUGUUUGUCUUAACACAUACAAUGUCGGAGGACAAUAAACGUUUGAGAACGGACCCCAAACAAAAAAUUCAACUAAUAGAAUGCCUGGUCAAAACGUUUACUCAAAUCCCGACGCCAAUUCAAGUAGUUAUGGCAGAAAAUAAGCCAGAGCUCUACAAUCUACCAAAAGUGAAUGACUUUUAUCGACUUCCUAAUAACCAAUUUUAUCCUAGUAAUCUUUUCAAAAAGAUUCAAGCCAUGACCGUUAAAUGCAGUGACGUUGUGGGCGAAACAAUCGUUCGAGAAGCAUUCAGAAAUCCAAAGCAGAUCAAUAUUGAGCUCCUUAAAGAAUACGAACUCCUCCCAGAAAACAAUAUGGUCGUCAGAAAUAUAUUAAGAACUUUGAAAAGCGCCCAAUUUAAUAUUGAAAAUACUCAAAUUUCCUCUGAAAUUCGGAAACGUUGGGAUGCAAUUGAUGAAAUUUCAAAAAAACCAUACGUUAACUCGCUACAAAUUACACAAUCUACUUUCCAUAAACAUGGAAUUUUUGGAGAGGACAAUAUCCCACAAAGUAUUGAAGCUGCAUUAAAAUUGUUGAUGGACUUGCCUCUUAAUCCUCCAGUCUGCACAAUCUUGGACGGCAUGGGAAUAGUCGGUCCUGAACUGCCAAAGUCUUUGAGUGUUGGAAAAUUUUACAACCUUUUUGCAGACUGUCCAAUCUCAAAUUCUCCAUUUUCCAUGGACAUUUUGGAUUACACUGAUAUUGGUUUCCGUGCGCCUAUUGGAAUUGAAGCACGCAGAGUAACAGAGUCCCUCAUAUUGAACUCAUUUUUUGAUAGUUCUACCCAUUACUACCAAGAAAGACUUAAACAGCUCAACGUCAGUGGUACUUUCAAGAUGGAAAACUUUCACUCUGAACCGAAAGAGGGGUAUAAUAUUAUCGUACCAAGAACAAACGUUGUCAGAUUGACAGGGGUGCGCGAGAAGCGUGUUUUCCAAGUCAACCUCAAGCAACCAACAUUAUCACCAGGUUAUCGUGCUGCAGUUGGUAACCUGCCACCGAAAUUUGACCCUGCACAAGCUGAAAUCUGGAGAGCAUUCUUCACGGCGAAUGGAACCCACGUGGUAGAAUCCAUUUAUGCGGGAGGGGCCAUUGAAGUCAUUGCAACUAAAAAGGAAAAUUCUGAAACUAAAGUUGAAACUACAGCUCAAAACGUUCUCCUCAUAAUAGCAAACAUUUUGAAAAAUGUUGGAAGUUUCUGUCCCAUGGAUUUGGAGGCAAUGACAGAAUCUUGGGAUUUCAAAAUAAACUUCGUUGGGGGCAAUCCUAAUCUUGUGCGUCCCACCUUAAAAAAUUUGUUUCGACCCGUGGGUGUCGAGUUUUUUAAAUCAUGGUGCGAUUCACUGUAUGCUCAUCCUGCCAUGCUACACUCUGAAAUCGAUCUGGAAGCUGUGACCCAUUAUAUUAAGAAAACAAAUGCAGCUCAAGCUAAAGAAAUUAAUUCCGCUAUGGUUUAUCUUUAUUCGCCUACACCACCACCACCACAAUCACCACCAGAAAUUGUACACCAGCAGCGUCCAGAUGACCGAGUCAAGUCAAAUUUUGGUCAUCUAAAGGAACUAAAAAACCCAACCAGGACACCAUCUUUUAGCAGCUCUGAUUCAUCUGACUCGGAAAGUACAUCAUCGUGGGUAGCUGCACAAAGGACCCAAAGGGAAAAUACUCCAGCACCUAAUAAUAAAAUAAAAAAUGAAACUUGGAGCAACUGGUUUAAAAGAAAAAUUGGAAACCGAUUGUAAAUUUAGCUAUUUAUAUGUACGUAUAUUAACAGAGGAAGGCAGUUUUUAUGGCAUAAAAUUAAAUAAAACGUGAACCUAUAUAUAUAUAUUCAA